AUGGAUAAGAGUUGGAUGCAAAUCACUGAUAGAUUUGGAUCUAGGGAAUAUGCUAAAGGAGUUAAGGAGUUCAUUAACUUGGCCCGAUCCAAUGCUACUAGUGACGAAAUUCGUUGCCCAUGUGUCCUGUGUUCAAAUAAUUACUUCCUACCUAUAGGCCAGGUAGAGAGACACUUGUUCAUUAAAGGUAUUGAGAAGAAUUAUACGACGUGGAUUUUCCAUGGCGAGGAGGAAGAUUUAAUCAUAAGUGAUGAUGAUGAUGAUCUACAUGAUUCCCAAGAAGAGGAUGAUUACAUCGAUGACAUCGAUGUUAUGUUACAAGAUUUUCGAGCUGGGACAUUUCCUAAUGUUCCCAUAACUGAGUCAUUCCAUACUGAGGGUCUGCCAUCGGUUGAUCCUGAAUCUUCGCCAACUUUCGACCAGUUGUUGGCUGAUUCCCGGCGUCCUCUUUAUGAAGGUUGUACAAAGUAUUCUAAACUAUCAUUCACUGUCAAAUUGCUGCAUAUCAAAACACUUGGUGGUUGGAGUGUAAAGUCUUUUGACAUGCUUUGUCAUUUGCUAAAGUCAGCUUUUCCCAAUGCCCUUUUGCCAAACUCAUAUCAAGAGUCACGUAACUUGGAAAAAGGCCUGGGCUUUACUUAUACCAAGAUACAUGUUUGUCCGAAUGACUGCAUACUUUAUUGGAGGGAAAAUGUAGAUAAAGAUGAGUGUCCGAAAUGUAAACUCCCAAGGUGGAAAUUCAGCGAAAGUAAGCAAAGACGAAUUCCUCAAAAGGUUCUACGACAUUUCCCGUUGAAGCCAAGGUUGCAGAGAUUGUUUAUGUCACAGAAAACAGCAGCUAAUAUGCGGUGGCACAAGGAUCAGCGCGUUAUUCAGCAAGGUAUUCUAAGUCAUCCAGCUGACUCUGAGGUGUGGACAACAUUUGAUCAAGAACAUGCUUGGUUUGCGGAAGAUCCAAGAAAUAUCAGGCUUGGUUUAGCUAGUGACGGUUUCAACCCAUUUAAUAAUUUGCCUAAGCCUUACAACGUAUGGCCAGUGAUUCUUGUCCCUUACAACUUGCCCCCAUGGUUAUGCAUGAAAGAUCCAUUUUUUAUCACUUCACUCUUAAUUCCUGGACCAAGAUCACCGGGAAAUGAAAUCGAUGUUUAUCUUCAGCCUUUGAUAGAUGAAUUGAUUGAUCUAUGGGAUAAUGGUGUUGAUACAUACGAUGCAAAGGCCAGAGAGACUUUCCGAUUGCAUGCAGCAUUGUUGUGGACAAUCAAUGACUUCCCUGCUUAUGGAAACCUCUCCGGGUGGAGCACUAAGGGAAAGAUGGCAUGUCCAUCGUGCAAGGAAGAAACAGAUUCAAUGUGGUUGACAUAUAGCCGAAAACAUUGUUACAUGGGUCAUCGCCGAUUCUUGCCAUCGGACCACAUCUGGAGAAAGAAAAAGACUAUUUUUAAUGGCUAUGCAGAGCAUCGCGACCCGCCUAUGGUGUAUUCUGGAGAAGAUAUACUGAUUCAACUUCAAGAUAUUCCUGAUGCAAAUUUUGGUAAAGGCAUAAAGAAAAGAAAGCGUACCAUAGACGAGUUUAAUUGGACCAAAAAAAGUAUCUUCUUUCAAUUGCCGUAUUGGUCGACUAUAAAGAUUAGACAUAAUCUAGAUGUAAUGCACAUUGAGAAGAACAUUUGUGACAACAUCUUAGGAACUUUGAUGAAUAUCUCUGGAAAAACUAAAGAUCAUCCUAAUGCACGUCGUGAUCUUUCCAAUCUCAAUAUAAGAAAGGAGUUACACCUUAUUCAGGAUGAUACACGCAUUAGUAUGCCACAUGCAUGUUAUAUGUUGUAUGGAGUUGAGCGGACUGGUUUUUGUAAUUGGUUGCGGGGUGUGAAAUUCCCAGAUGGAUUCGCUUCAAACAUUGCCAGAUGUGUUAGUGUACCUGAUUGUAAAAUCUCGGGAAUGAAAAGUCAUGAUUGCCAUAUUUUCAUGCAAAGGUUGCUUCCUACUGCAAUUUCUGGAUACUUACGCCAAGAUGUUCGAUUGGCACUAACUGAGUUAAGCACUUUUUUCAAAGAAUUGUGUGCUAGAACAUGUAAGGUGGAUGUCUUAGAGCGGCUUCAAGCUGAUAUUGCUGUCAUUCUCUGCAAGUUUGAGAUGGUUUUUCCGCCGACCUUCUUUGAUAGAUAUGUUAAGAAUAAGGCCUGCCCGGAAGGUUCAAUAGCCGAGGCCUAUAUCCAUGUAGAAUGCUUGAAUUUUUGUUCCAUGUACCUCCACGAUGUUGAGACUAGAUUCAAUCCCGUCGAACGUAAUGUUGAUGAAGAAGAUGAGGGUGUACGGGAGGGACUAAGUGUUUUUUCACAGAAGGUGCGCCCCAUGGGUUUUGCUUCACGUCACCGAUUAGACGAUAACAUUUUCAUAAAAGCCAGAUGUGAGCACUACAUGCAGAUCAGUGAAGAGUAUCCUGAUGAUGUCGAUAGUAUGCAUGCUGCAAAAUUCCCAGAUUGGUUCAAGUCACAUAUUCAAAGUUUGCGUGCUGAUAAUCUCGGACAAGUUUCGGAGGAUCUAUAUGCCCUAGCAUGUGGUCCUGACCCUUGGGGUGCAUCCUAUUCAGGUUGCAUAACCAAUGGUAUAAGAUUUCACACAAAAAAUCGGGAAGAACAUCGUCGCACCCAAAACUCAGGUGUCAUGGUGAUUAGUGAACAACCAGGAUCUGAAAAGCUUGAGUUCUUUGGUAGACUAACAGACAUUUUGGAAAUCCGCUACAUGGGUUGGCGUCGUGUUUACUUAUUCAAAUGUGAAUGGUUUGACAUCUCUGAUUCCAAACAAGGGAUACGUGUGGAAAAACAUUUUAUUAGUGUGAAUAUGUCUCGGACAGCUUAUAAGGACGACCCUUUUGUUUUGGCGUGCCAAGCGUCGCAGGUGUUUUACCUAAAAAAUUGCAGCAUCCGUGGUGAUUGGUAUAUAGUGCAAAAGGUCAAAGGUCGAAAUGUCUAUGACCUUCCACGAAAACCCCUAAUUGAAGAUGAUGCAUCUGAUUCUAGCGACGUUGAUGCAUACCAAGAGGAUAAUUCUGGCGAUGCUUACGUGAAUGUCCAUGCUGAUGACAUCCCACUGCAAACAAACAUGCACAGGCCUAAUGUUGAGCCGGAGCAGAUUGAAGUUGACACAUCGGUAAUGCAAAGGUCAAAUUGCAACCAGUUUGAGAGGGGGUUUAUCAAUGACGAUACAAGUGAAGACAGUUCUUCUCACAGCACCGAAGUGGAGGGUAGCAUAGAAGAAGAUAGUCUCUCAGAGGAUGAGAUGAACUAG